ACGCGCUCCUCCCCGAGCUCUCCCCCACUCCCGUAAGUACAAUGUCCAAAAAUUGGAGAUGCGGGCAAUACCUAUUACGACAUCCUUUUCCCUAGCCCCCGCUAUCGUGUAAGUUAGAACUGCGUCAUGUGAAGGACGAGCUCCGAACGCGCCACGAUGGAGCAAGAUGAGAGAGGAAAAAAAAAAAAAAAAAAAAAAAAGAGUUAUAGAAACAAGAAAAAGCAAAUAAAUAAUGAUAAUCGUACUUGCUUUUAACUGGUCUCUGAUAAGAAGUGGAAUUGUUCCCCUCCAUGAUAUAAAGUUGCAAUGGUAGCUGAACAGAACAAGUGCUUGACCGUUCCAAACGUAUAAGUGUAACCAACCAACCCUUCUCGUGUGAAACACCAUCGUCAACCGUCGUGCUCGGCAUCUGGACAAUUCCAACCCGAAGGGAAAACCCGCGGGUCCCGACGAAGUGGGAGAAAUAGAACAGGGCCUUUGACUCUCUCUUUCUUCCUCGUCGUAACUCAUCAGUAUUCCGAACCUAUUGCAACACCCAACGACGACAAUGGAUCCCAAGACAGCCAGCAACCUCUCCUUCAUCCUCAACAAACCGCACGAUGUAGAGUUCAAAUCGCGCGAUCUGCCCACCCUCUCAGACCCGCACGACGUCCUCGUCGCAAUAAACUACACCGGGAUCUGCGGCUCGGACGUGCACUACUGGACGCACGGGGCGAUCGGGCACUAUGUGGUCAAGGAGCCGAUGGUCCUGGGCCACGAGUCCGCCGGGACCAUCGUGGAAGUCGGGUCGGCCGUGACGACCCUUCGGCCCGGCGACCGCGUGGCCCUCGAGCCCGGCUACCCCUGCCGUCGGUGCGGGCCCUGUCUCAGCGGGAAAUACAACCUGUGUCCCGAGAUGCGCUUCGCCGCGACGCCGCCGUACCACGGGACGCUGACGGGGUUCUGGGUGUCCCCCGCGGACUUCUGCUACAAGCUGCCCGAGUCCGUCACCCUGCAAGAAGGCGCCUUGGUCGAGCCGCUGGCGGUAGCAGUGCACAUCGUGCGACAGGCGGUGGUAACGCCGGGGCAAUCCGUAGUGGUAAUGGGGGCCGGGCCCGUGGGCCUUCUCUGCGCAGCGGUAGCCCGCGCCUUCGGGGCCUCGACAGUGGUAUCCGUGGACAUCGUCGAGUCGAAGCUGGCCUUCGCGAAAUCCUUCUGUUCAACGCACACGUACUCCUCUCAGCGCAUCCCGGCCCCGGAAAACGCAUCCAACAUCCGCGCCUUGGCGCCCAAUCUCGCGGGCGGCGCCGACGUCGUCAUCGACGCGAGCGGUGCGGAACCCAGCAUCCAGACGAGUCUGCACGUUGUGCGGACCGGCGGGACGUAUGUCCAGGGCGGCAUGGGCCGCGACGAGAUCACGUUCCCCAUCAUGGCCAUGUGUCUGAAGGAGGUCACGGCGAAGGGCUCCUUCCGGUACGGCAGCGGGGAUUACAAGCUCGCUGUCGAGCUCGUGGCGAGCGGCAGGGUGGAUGUCAGGAAGUUGAUCAGCGGCGUCGUGGAUUUCGAGGACGCCGAGCAGGCGUUUGAGAAGGUCAAGGAGGGCGAGGUUAUCAAGAUCUUGAUCGCGGGUCCGAACGAGAAGAAGGAAUAGGUUAGGUGAAAUUGUGAUGGGGAUAUCGGAAAUCGGGGAACUUCGUGGUUUGGGUAAUAGCGAUGGUGGACACUUGUUACCGAGAGUAAUCUCUGGGGAAUUUGUAUAUUUGAUUCGAGGAUAAUAUGCUGGAAAUUGAACACCAGAGAUGGUAUGUCAGGUAGGUAGUGUAUAUAUCUACCAUUUCACAAACAGGGUGCAUGUCACGGCCCCUC